AGAACGGAUAUCCGGCGUGGCCAUUUUGUUUUUCUCCAUUUCUUUCAAGGGUAAGGAAGGAAGUCAGAAACAUGUUUCCUCUGGCAAGAUCCGCGCUGUCUCUGGCAGCUCGUGGUGUUCAACGGUCUGUCUCUAGACAGGCUCAUCAUAAAGCGGGUCCUAACUUCCAUGACAAAUAUGGAAACAUCAUCCUGCUAUCGGGGGCUGUUUUCUGUGUCUCAAUUUGGAGCUAUGUGGUCACACAGACUGGAAUCACUUGGAAUCUGUCUCCGGUUGGCAGAAUUACACCAAAGGAAUAUAAGGACCAAUAGAUUUGAUGUGACUUUGUUGGACUUCCUUUAAGAUGCUUAUAUGUGUACAUAAACACAUUGUCUGCCAACUCUAUAACUCCACAUAGGAGCUUUCAGUUGUAAUAAAUCCAAUCUCUAAAUCUUAA